UCUAGAUGAGAAGGUAGCACUUGCAUUUCGACACCUCAAACUGCCAGAAGAAUGGAAUGUGCUGGGAACAGACCCAUCUUUGAAUGAUGGUGGCCCACGGGAAACAUUAAUGCAUUUUGCAGUGAGACUGGGACUGCUGAGGUUAACUUGGUUUCUGUUACAGAAGCCAGGUGGAAGAGGAGCUCUCAGCAUACACAACAAUGAAGGAGAGACUCCAGCAAGCCUGGCUUUAGAGCGGGGCUAUCAGAAGCUUCAUCAACUUUUAACAGAGGAGAAUGCUGGAGAACCUGACUCCUGGAGUAGUUUGUCCUAUGAAAUACCUUAUGAGGACUGCUCUGUGAGACAUCACCGAGAGUUGGACAUUUACACCCUGACAUCUGAAUCAGAUGAAGAAUCCCUUCACCACCGAGACAGUCGGACAGGACAUAUUUUUAAACUCAUGAACAUCCAGCAGCAGCUCAUGAAAACUAACCUCAGACAGACAGAAGAUUGCAUCCCCUUAAUGAUAACGCCACAGGACCCUUCAACCACUCACAGUGUUCUGGAUGUGGAUGGUCAACAUCUUUCCUGCAUUGAGGCUCCCUUAGGAGAUCAGCAGCAGUCUUCUCUACUUGGAGGCAUGGACAACCCUAACCACAAAGGGGACCCAGUUAGAUUGGAUGAAACAUCAAGUGAUUUAUCAAGCUCAAUGAGCAAAGGGAACACAGAUUGUUCCUGUAGGAGAAAAGAUAAAGUCCUGGAGAGAAAAGGAGAAGAGGUGGAACCUGGACAAUUUGCAGUCUCUGAGAUUAUGAUAGAGAAAGACAGAUAUCCACAGAGUACACCUGCCUGUAUGAAUAACACAGAAGACCUUCCAUCCUGUGGAUAUACAAAUGAGGAAAGUGGAAUGACAUCUCCUGGCACUGUUUUGGUCCUUAAACAUAUGAACAGUGGAGAUGUUGCCAUAGGAGAAGUACAUAUCAGUGAGCAUAACCAAGACCAAAAUGUCUCUGAGGUUGAAGGGCUAACCAAUUCAGAAACAAAGAGUGCAACUCCAAAAGCAACAGAAAAAGUGAAAUGUGAUCUCCCAAGCCCUGAGGUCACUCUCCAGAGGUGUGUGCAUGAAAUUCAGGAAAGUAAAACUGAUAGACUUAAUAAGAGUCACAGUCUCAGCAAAACUGGAACUAUUGAUGUAGAAGAAAGCAGUGAUCCUGUAGAGGUACCCAGUGUUCCAAAUGGCAUUGACUCUCCAAAUUCCUUAGACAGCAAUGAACAUCUUCAGACUUCAUCUACAUUUGAUAAAGGAGAAGCCAUUACUAAAGACACUGUGCCAGGAACUGAAACUUCAAGCAGAAGUAGCAAAGAAAAUUUUGAUCUUGUAGCAGAGAACCAGGGGGUUGGAAAUCAACACUUCCUGAUCAUUUCAUCUUUAGUAAAAGAGGUUACUGGUCAAGAGGAGAUGUUGAAAGAAUUAGAAAUGGAUUCUUUUUUAAUCAAUAUGUGUGAAGAAGGCUCACCUUCUGAUUCAACUUUGAUCAGCUCAGAAAAACAGCCAGUUUUGAGCCAGACAUCAAAAGGCAGCUCAACUCAAGACCAAGAUCAGGAAAUUGAAUCAACCAUCUGCUGCAUAGCGGAAGAGGACAAAUUUAGUUUUGAUUUUGUACGUCAACAGAAUUCAGUGACUCCUUGUGAAGACAUGGAAGCAGAAAGCAAAUGUGGUGAAGCCUUACAAUCUAAGGACAUGAAACGGAAUUCACCAAAUACACCUGCUGAGGUUCUGAUGAAAGAAUCAUGUUUGAAUGAGGAAGACUCUGAUCCUAACGGAGAUAACCAGGAGCCUGAAGUCCUAUGUUCUAUAGCAAUUUUAAAUAAAGAUAACCUAGCACAAGAUUUAAAACUGGACACACCUUCAUCACCUCAUCCAACCUUGAUUGAAGCAAAAGAAAGUUUUAUACUGGAUCAAGCCAUGACAUCUGAAAAUAAUUUUGCUCAGCCAGACAGGCCAUCGGUUGAAUCAGUAACCAAAGAUGAUGUGAUCUCUUUUGUUCCCUCCCAGAAAGAAAAGGGAACAGCAACUCCUGAAAAAAAGGCAGAACAUAGCUGUGGCCCAGCACUCGAUCUCUGUGUGCCCAUCAAACUGCCGACAUCAGACAGCUUGGUGAACUUGCUGCCUUUUGUUCCUGCUCCUGCUCCUCAGCUAAGUAUGGGCAAUUCCAGUUCAGGAGAAGGGGAAAGCGGAGUUGAGGGAUUUAAUGACAAGACCGGGGAUGUGUCAGAAUCUGAUUCUUCUGUCCCCAGUGAAAGGACAACCACUUUGCCUGCUGAGGCAGUUUUGUCCGGGGCGGACGAGGAGCCAGAGAGGCCAGAAAGCACUCUAGCUCAGGAACGAGAUAAGGGAAAUGAAACAGCCACUUGUUCUCCAGCUAAAGACGACAAUGCACUUUGUUCAGUUUCUUUGCCUCAAGAGGAGACGCCACCUUCUGGAGAAGAUACAUUAGAGCUUGGUGAUCAACCUGUCUCUUGUGCUGAAGGCAAAAUACUUAAACACAAUAAUACUUCAGCGGGCACACCCUCUGCCAUUUUCAGGACAGAACCUGAACAAAACAAGGAAGUGGCUGCAAAAGUUUCUCUGCGAGCGGAGCAAAGCUCAGCUGUAGAGUGCCAGGUGCCAUCAAAAGCUGAUUUGUCUGCAGGCAGGCAGGGAGAGUGCAGCUUGCCUUUGCUGGCAGUGACAAACAAAACCGAAGCUGGCCCAGAACAAGAUGGGUCUGAGGCUUGUGGGAGAGAAAAGGCAGUGGCCAUAAAAUCUGAAGCAAAGGAGACCGAGUCUACAAAGGACUCCUCUUGGGAAGAGAGUCAGAAUGUAACUCUGGGUUCCAUAAAAGAGGCUACUCAGGAUCCCUCAGGGUUGGGGACAAAGGAGAUACUUAGUGGCCAACAGAAUGUUCUGGUGCAGAAAAACAUGGCAGGCCAAGGGAAUGAUGUACUCUUGGACCUACCAGGAGCUCCACCUGAAGAUGAGAUCCUGAAGGAGGAAACUGUAAUCACUGAAGUGCUGCCUGGUAGUAAGGAGAAAGGGGAGGCCGAUGAAUCCGUCCCCUUAGCAAGACAUCUAAAGGAAGCAGAGGCAGACAGUAUGGUACCAAGGCUGUUACUGCAGCCCAUCGCCGAAGAGCUGUUACCUUGUGAGAGUGAGGUCAUUGGGGAUGUAGGGUCUCUGACAAGUGAGAGCGGCACCAUGCCUUGUGUGGACAAAACCACUUUGCCUGAUGGGGAUGGGGCUAAACAAAAGAGCAGCUUCCAAGAUGUUCCUUCUCAGAGUCCAUCUAUUCAAGCUGAUGCUUUGAAUUCACUGGAGAGAGAAAACCUGAUAGAGGAGGCUGCCAGCCACUUGAUAGAUACUAUUCUUGAAAAAGUGAGGGCUACAGGAGGGAUGGUUUCCUUGGGAGAGAGCAGUAGCCCUCCACAGUGUGGUGUUCCUGAAUCAAAUCCUGUUGCUGAGGAGCUAGAGAAAGCUGAUGUGAAAGGGCCUGAGAUGGCUUCAGGAGUUGGACCUACUAAAGAAGAAGCAGUUAUAAACUCAAAAGUGUGUACAAUCAAAGGCGAAGAGCAGGAAAAAAUACCUGGACAGUCCCAAGGACCUGAACCUGUGGCAGAAAUGCCAGACAUGAAAGCAGAAGAUGAAGUGGAUUUUCUGGAUAAUUCCAGGGAGGACUCAGUUUCUGAAGAAAUGGAUGUAGCUAAGCACAAAACAAAGCACAGGAUAAAGACCCAGAUGAUAAACCGGGAAAGCUGGUGUACAAUAGAGCCAUGCCCAGAUCCAUCACUGUUGACUUCCAAACAUAAUCCAGGAUGCGAGAACUUCUUGGAAGUUGGACUGGGUGGAGAGUGUGCCUCAUCCCAGGGUAUGCUUAAAAGACCAUCUGGCAGUGAUUCCGACCUCUUCCCUUCACCCAAUGAUGAAAUGGACAACAGCAUUAUUUUUACAAAGCCUGAAGAGGAGCAAUCAGUCUGUGAUAUCACUGGGUCCAGCUCUUCCACAGAUGACACAGCUUCCCUGGACAGGCAUUCUUCCCUUGGCAGUGAUAUCUCUCUCCCCCAAAUUCGGAACCUAAACAGAACUAAGGAUCGACAGAAUCUUGAUGGGUUCCAUAGCUACACGGUAGGAAUUGAGGGCCGGGAAAGUGAGAGUGAACCUGCUGGCUCAGGUGAAAUGGAAGAAGAAGAGAUGGACAGUAUCACUGAAGUGCCCACAAACUGCUCUGUUCUGAGAAACUCUAUACGUUCUCUGUCCCCUUUCCGAAGACAUAGCUGGGGACCAGGGAAAAAUGCUGCCAAUGAUGCUGAGAUGAAUCACCGAAGUUUCAGUUUAGAAGGCCUGUCUGGAGAUACGGGGGACAGUAGUAAGCCAUCCUCAGCUUUGAAUGCCAAUUCUGCAAGCUCAAAAGAACUGAGGCGAAAUCCCUUUAGUGGAGAGGAACGUGGUGAUUCUUUAGUGUCACUCACCGAAGAGGACCUGGAGUCGGACCAGAGAGAGCAUAGCAUGUUUGACCAUAAGCCACGCCAAAGAUCCAAGCAGCUGGGGUUUAAUUAUUGUACAUCGGCCAUUUCUUCUCCAUUGACAAAAUCCAUCUCAUUAAUGACAAUUAGCCAUCCUGGAUUGGACAAUUCACGAGCCUUCCUCAAUACCAGCACUAAUUUAACUGAAAGUGUAACUGAACAGCCCUUUAGCUUUGCUCCACAAAGCCCUUCCAAGAAAGAUUUUGAAGGGAAAAGUGGAACAAAAGUCAGUCGCACCUUCAGCUAUAUCAAGAACAAAAUGUCCAGCAGUAAGAAGAGCAAAGAGAAAGAGAAGGACAAAGACAAGAUUAAGGAGAAAGAUAAAGAUUCCAGAGAGAAAGAGAAGGACAAGAAGAUGUUGAAUGGACAUACAUUUACUUCCAUCCCUAUUGUGGGGCCAAUCAAUUGCAGCCAGUGUUUGAAAGCUUUCACUAACAAAGAUGCUUACACAUGUGCAAAUUGUGGUGCUUUUGUCCAUAAAGGCUGUAGAGAAAGUUUGGCUUCUUGUGCAAAGGUCAAAAUGAAGCAACCCAAGGGAAGCCUUCAGGCCCAUGACACUUCUUCACUUCCCACAGUUAUUAUGAGGAAUAAACCCUCACAACCCAAAGAACGCCCGCGAUCUGCAAUCCUUGUGCCUGAUGAGACCUCGGUAGCCCCAUUGUUCCCUAACAGACGGUCACAGCAGUGUGCCUCACUUUCAAAAAGUGUCUCUAUACAGAAUAUUGCUGGAGUUGGCAAUGAUGAGAACAUGGCAAACACCUGGAAAUUCCUGUCCCAUUCAACAGACUCUUUAAAUAAAAUCAGCAAGGUCAAUGAGUCCACAGAAUCACUCACUGAUGAGGGUACUGAUAUGAAUGAAGGACAACUCAUGGGAGAUUUUGAAAUGGAUUCCAAACAGCUGGAGGCAGAAUCCUGGAGCCGAAUAGUAGAUAGCAAGUUUUUGAAACAACAAAAGAAAGAUAUAGUCAAGCGGCAAGAGGUGAUUUAUGAGUUAAUGCAGACAGAAUUACAUCAUAUCCGCACUUUGAAGAUCAUGAGUGAUGUGUAUAGCCGAGGAAUGAUGACAGACCUACUCUUUGAGCAGCAAAUGGUAGAAAAGCUGUUUCCUUGUUUGGAUGAGCUCCUCAGUAUUCACAGCCAGUUCUUUCAGAGAAUUUUGGAAAGAAAGAAGGAAUCCCUGGUGGAAAAAAGUGAAAAGAAUUUUCUCAUCAAAAGAAUAGGAGAUGUCCUUGUGAAUCAGUUUUCAGGUGAGAAUGCAGAACGCUUAAAGAAAACCUAUGGCAAAUUCUGCGGUCAGCACAACCAGUCUGUGAACUAUUUCAAAGACCUUCACACUAAGGAUAAGCGCUUUCAGGCUUUUGUAAAGAAGAAGAUGAGUAGUGCAGUUGUUAGGAGAUUGGGCAUCCCAGAAUGCAUUUUACUUGUAACCCAGCGCAUUACCAAAUAUCCAGUUUUGUUACAAAGAAUAUUACAGUGUACCAAAGAAAAUGAUUUAGAACAGGAAGAUCUGGCCCAGUCUCUGAGCCUGGUGAAAGAUGUGAUUGGAGCAGUGGACAGUAAAGUUGCAAAUUAUGAAAAGAAAGUCCGCCUCAAUGAGAUUUAUACCAAGACGGACAGCAAGUCGAUUAUGAGGAUGAAGAGUGGACAAAUGUUUGCCAAGGAAGAUUUGAAACGGAAAAAGCUUGUUCGAGAUGGGAGUCUCUUCCUGAGGAAUUCAGCAGGGAGACUGAAAGAAGUCCAGGCAGUUUUGCUCACUGACAUUUUGGUUUUCCUUCAAGAAAAAGACCAGAAAUAUGUUUUUGCAUCACUGGACCAGAAAUCAACAGUGAUUUCAUUAAAGAAGUUAAUUGUACGAGAAGUGGCCCAUGAAGAGAAGGGCUUAUUCCUAAUCAGUAUGGGAAUGAAGGAUCCAGAGAUGGUUGAAGUCCAUGCCAGCUCUAAAGAGGAACGAAACAGUUGGAUUCAAAUUAUUCAAGAUACUAUCAAUGCCCUCAAUAGAGAUGAAGAUGAAGGAAUCCCCAGUGAAAAUGAAGAAGAAAAGAAAUUGUUGGAUGCGAAAGCCCGAGAAUUAAAAGAGCAACUCCAGCAGAAAGAUCAGCAGAUCUUAACUCUGUUGGAGGAAAAGGAGAUGAUUUUCCGAGACAUGACAGACUGCAGUACGCCCUUAUCAGAAGAUAGUUCACCAAUUCAUGGCUCCAGGGUACUAUUCAGAUCCAAUACUGAAGAGGUUCCCAAAGGAGGGCCUAUCAUGAAAAGUGCAAUAAAUGAGGUGGAGAUGCUCCAGGGCUUGGUGAGUGGCAGCCUCGGGGGCACACUUGGACAGCCAAUCAGCAGUACCACGGAGCAAGAAGGAGGAAUCGUUGGCCCAGUGUCUUUACCUAGGAGAGCAGAAACCUUUGGCGGGUUUGAUAGCCACCAGAUGAAUGCCUCAAAAGGGGGUGGUGAGAAGGAAGAUGGAGAUGAUGGCCAAGAUCUUCGGAGGACAGAAUCAGACAGUGGCCUGAAAAAGGGUGGAAAUGCUAAUGUGGUAUUUGUGUUGAAAAGGAAUAGUGAGCAAGUUAUCCAGAGUAUUGUUCAUCUACAUGAACUGCUGAGUACUCUACAGGGUGUAGUGUUACAGCAGGAUAGCUACAUUGAGGACCAAAAGUUGAUGCUCAGUGAGAGGGCAAUAACCCGGAGCUCCUCUAGACCCAACUCUCUGAUUGAGCAAGAAAAGCAGAGAAGCCUAGAAAAGCAGCGACAGGAUCUGGCCAAUCUACAGAAGCAGCAGGCCCAGCACCUGGAGGAGAAACGCAGACGAGAGAAAGAAUGGGAGGCCCGAGAGAAAGAACUAUUGGAACGGGAAACACGACUAGUCCAAUGGGAGGAGAAAGUACACAGGGGGCAGCAAGACCUGGACAAGGAUCGAGAAGAGCUUCAGCAGAGGAAAGCAGUGUAUCAGUCUGACCUAGAGCGUCUCCGAGCUGCCCAGAAACAGCUUGAGAAGGAACAAGAGCAAGUGAAAAGGGAGAUGGAGAGGUUAACCCAAAGACAGGCAGAGCAUGAUGCUAAUCAGGUCUCACAUCAACACAGUAAAUUGAUGCGGAUCCCAGCCUUUUUCCCCAAUCCCGAGGAACCUCCCCAGCUACCAGCACCUUCCAUAUCACAAUCAGGGUCUUUGGACUCAGAACUUUCAAUAUCCCCCAAAAGGAAUAGCAUCUCGCGGACUCACAAAGAUAAAGGUCCGUUCCACUUACUCAGUUCCACCGGCCAAGCAAGUAAAGUGUCAGAGGGGCAGAGCCAGAUCCCGGUCUCCACCUCUGCCUCCACACGCCUCUUUGGUCUAGCAAAGCCAAAGGAAAAGAAGGAGAAGAAGAAGAAGAGUAAGGGAGGCCGUUCUCAGCCGGGUGAUGGUCAUUCUCCUGAGACACAGGCAGAGGGUGAAGAGAUCUUCUGCUGAUGGUUGGAUUUUUUGUUCUACCAAGAUAGAAAUUAUUCGAAUCUGACACAUCAUCAUCACCAGCUUUGCCUUCUUUCACUGCUAGCAUGUGGCUUUACAUGAUGAGAACUUUCCUUAUCUUUGUUGUUAAGAAACACAUUGCAGUGCUCUCCUGGAUCCUGGAUUUGAUGGUAUUGGGGCAGGGAAGAACCCAGUCUGCUUUGGCCAUGACAAGUGAAUACCAAGAACUUGAGGGUGGAGGGGGUAGGGAUACUUGGCACAGGAUGUAACCAGCCAGCAUCAGCAUCUUGGAGUGCAGGAGGGUUUACCAGGUCACAAAACCCUUCCUUGGAUGUUAAAGGUAUGAAAGCAUACUUGCCUCGAAAAUGUUUUUUAUUUGGGGAAGACAGCAAAAAACAAAGUGCGCUAUCCAAUCCUUGCAGUAUGACAAGCAUGUAUGUACACAUGUAUGGAUUUUGUGUGUAUGUGCAUAUAUCUGUGAGAUGUGCAUAGCCUGUAGAGACAGUUGGGUUUGCUUAGCUCAACCCAAAAGGAAGAUACCUGAUAAUUACCAGGUAGCAUAUAGAUAUUAAAUAUCUCACCCUUUGGUUGCCCUUUCUCCCUGCACGAUUCCUUCCUGUUCUGCGUGUAUUUAUUUUAGGAGGGAGGUCUAAUGAUGGUUUGAAAAGAGAGCAGGAAAAGGCCUUCUAUUUGUAAUUGGGUGUUUUGUGCAGCACCUGGAUUUUGACUGUUAGGAUCCCAAAAGGAUAAUGUUCACCUCCAUCCUUUAUUCCAGAGAGGCUUAAACAAACUCAUCAGUUGACUUAUAUUUAAAGUAUUUGUCUGCACAGAUGGCACAUAGAAUUCUUACCUAUCAAGGGAACACAUCCUGUGUCAGCUUUAAUUUUCUGAGCAGCAAGACAUUUGUUUGUUUGUCACUGAUUAUUCAAAUCUGGUUGACAUCUCCUGGACCUAUUCCUGAGAACCUUCCAUGUGAAGCAACUCAUGUUUCCUGUCCUAAUAAGUAUAAGUGAGCUGGACAACAGUGCCAUGCUCCAAAAAAGUAUGAGGAAGGUCUUGUCAGCAUUCAAACUCAGCAGCCACUCUCCCUUGCUCUCUAAGCCUGGCUUUUCUAAUGAGGUGUAUUAGCAUUAACUGUGGGCAUCACCUGUCCUUUGGUCCAGCUGUAUGUAUUCAUCUUCCAGCCCCUUGCCUAUCCGUUGGCUAGCAGAAGGCCCUGGGCUCAGGGAUGAGGAUACACGCAGUGGCAUUUGUGGGUCCAUAUAUUGGUAUUUCGUGAAUAAAAAUAAGAAAGAGGCUGACAAAAAAAAGGAAAAAACGGUUUCUGAACUCGGUGUUUCAUGGGAUUCUGCAGGAAAUCUCAGCAGAUUUUUAAUUGUUGAGAACAAAAAAGAAGGAAGAAAAAAGCUAGAGAACAACUGAAUCCCUCUUGUCUCCUUACUACUUUGGAGCAAGUAAUCAUACCUGCUGCUUUAUUUUUUCAUUAUGUUUUGAUUUGUAUUUGCUUGAAGCUUUCCCACCAGCUGUUCUGUUGAGGACAGUUCACUGGCUAUGUUUUUGUUUUCUUUCUUUUACCCUCUAAAUCAACCACAGCCGUAGCCUGUUAGACUCCACAUAUAGUAUGUGGCACCUCUCCUCCCCUCUCCCCACCCCCACCCCCAGUAGAGGAGGACUGCAAAAUAUUCUGUUCUUCAAAUUGAGGUCCUUGACACCCAUUUCUCCUCAGGAGCAUGGGGACUUUGAAAGUACUUUUUUUUUUCUUUCUUUUUUUUAAAACAAAAUUAUUAUUUGGUGCUUGUUAAUGAAUUGCAAGCUGGCCUUGCAGAUUGGAGAUAUUUAUCUUUCUGUUUUUUUGAAAGAGGUCUGGUUUAAAGUUUUUUUUUUUUAGUUUAGUUUUGUUUAUUUAUUUUAUUUUUUAAGGAUAUGCAUAAUAUCCCAAUGGUUAAAAAUCUGUCUCACUAAUGCAAAAAGUGAGGUGAUACCACUUCUCACUCCUCAGUGUGCUACUUAAAAUGAAUAAAUCUUUCACCUGGGGCUGCCUUUAAGGCCAAGUAACUUUGUAGAUGAAAAUGAAGAGGAAAAAGAAAGAUUCAUACACUUUCCUUUCUCCCUUCCCUUCUCUCCUUUCUCCAUUUCUAGAUGAAGAGAAAAGGGACUAUCUUGUUUCUUGGGUUAAGAAUUCAAGAAACUUGGCACCUCUUAACUCUAUUCACUUUGACUUGUACUUUCUUACUCUUCUGACACAGAGAUAUAAAAGCAGAUCUGUCCUGUGAUCUUUUCAAUGAGAAAUUCACCCCUCCGAAAAAUACAAAAAACCAAAGUACUUCAUUCUCCAUGUCCCCUUAGGUUGCAAAAUAAUUGUUAAGGGGCGAUUUUGAGCCCCAGAAAAAGGGAAACAAAGUAAACCUUAUCAAUCCACUUACAGGACUUCUCUUUUAAAAAAAAAUUUUUUUUUAUUCUAGUUGAAUGGGUCCAGCAGUUUACCUAGCAUCCCAUGCCCCACAGUGUCUUGAUCUUCCAUAAAUAGGAUAGAUAGUCUUAGAAGGACAGACGAGUUGAAAGAACUCAGUUCUCAGCUGGGCGGCUUCAGCCCCAAUGUAAAUACAACUACAGUAUGUGCAAUAUUAAAAUGAAAUUGACAUUUCUAUAGCUCCUUUGUAUCAAAAUGUUUUAUAGUAAGCUGUCUUUCCUCCUCUUCUCCCUCCCCCAAUACUCUUCUAGGUAGAACUGGGUUAAAAUUAAAAAAAUAUGAGUACUGAUCAAAUUUGUCUUUGGACUGUUCUAAACAGAAACACAUUUAAAUAAUUGUACAUUGCUGCACAAUUGGAUCUAGUUUGAUUUGAAACUCUCCACCUAGUUGUAAUAUUUUGUUUAUUUUAACUUUAGGAAAUGGGGAUUUUUUUUUUUUUACAUAAAACCACUGAUUUGGUUCUUGUUAGACAGGUUUAGGACCAGGACACAAGUAGGUAGUCUCCCUGCACUUUAUUCAGAGCUACUCAACUUCACACAUGAUUCCAGUUGCUGUGUUAAGGGAAGUCCACUUAUGCAGAGCAUCAUCUUCUAUGUGCCUUGGUCAUCUCCCAGCCUCUUUGAAAUGAAACUUAGUGGUUUCACUCUGAGUUUAGGGAAUCAACUUACUGCUAAUACUUUUUUUUUCACUUGGUGUGAAAUUCACCUUGAGAUCUGAUCUGGUUACUGAAAAAAUGGAAGGAAGUUAGACUGAUCCUAUCUUGCUUCCUAUAUUGUGACAAAAGGGUUAGUUUUCAUGGUGACUUGGUUUUGGUGUUCUACAAUUUUCCUUGCCCCUGGUAUUAGGAUGAUAUAUAGGAAAGUACGAAAAUGCCAAAGGGGGGGAUUGGUUAUCAGAUUAUCGAAGUAUUUGGAGUAGUGACCUCUUACAGAUAAUAGUACCCAGUUUUCCAGAAUCAAGUAGGUUUCAUGGAAUCAGAUUUCACCUUCAGUUAAACAUUAAAUUAUCAUCUCAGAAAUUUUUUAUCAUAGUUUAAUGCCAUAUGCACUUUAAAAUCUCUUGUCAGUAGCUUGAUUAUGAGACAAUCAAAUUUAUAAUCUUUUUGUUUCUUUGAAAUUAAGGUUAGAAACUGCCAAAGUCAGAAAUGCUGCAGACAAUUCCACUUUUGCCAACACAUUUACCCCUCUUUUCCCCCUCAGUGAGCUUAUAGGGAUAAUCUCAAUCUCAAAAAACUAUUCACUAUUUGAGUCUAAAGGAAAGAAAAGGUAAACUUAAAUACCUUUUGUCUUUCAUGUUUAGGGGUAAUACCACUGACAAGUUAUCCCUUUGAUAACUGUCCUUCUUCCCCCUCCCAAUCCAUGAUCCUUUUCCAAAAUUCAGUAUAGUAUUAAAGAGAGGUAUAAAUAUCUAGUCUUUUUUGUUUGUUACUAAAAUUAAAUCAGUGCCCCAUCAAACGAGUUAAUUUUGAUUAUCUAGGAGCACAUUCUAUGCCCAGGUAUUAUUACCUAUAAAAAUACUUUGUAAUCUGUCUUCUUUUGGAUGAUGGCCUAACUCUUACUCUUGCCUCCCAAGGAUUCUUAAUGUGUGUUAGAGUUUCAAACAAGCUAAUAAUGGGAGGGGUAGUUGGGAAGGCGGUACUUCUGCCCCCAAAAAGCUUUCUUUAAUCACUUAAACACUUGCAUUUCAUAGAAGUUGAAGACUGCAAGACAAGGCCUAGCCGUAGUAUUAUGCAGAGUACAUUGUGGAAAGAUGACAGGGAGGGGACCAAAUAGUGAGAGGAAGGAGAGACUAUAAGAAUUGUAUUAUAUUCUCUAGGGAACUUCAGUAACCUUUCUGAAUUCCUAUUUAGCAAAAAACCACCUUCCAAAAGAGAUUUCAGCUAGAUACAAUUCUGUAUACUGUGCCUAGUGUGAAACAAUUUAUAAUCUGUAUAGUCUGACUGCCUGAAUCUUAAGAGUCCUUGAAAUCUGGAAACAAACAAUUGUUCAGAAUAGAUUGUUUUGGCAUAAAGGAAGAUGUUGGGUGACAGUAACUGAGGGGAGUUAUGAAGUUUCUUUAAUUAGCAGGGCCAUUUUGGAAGCUAUUGUAGAAUUUGAUAACUCAUUGAAAAAUGGUAUAUUUUAUUUCAAAGGCUGCACAUUUGCUCUGAUUCAUGUUCAUGGGUGGAAAAGAGGAUAAGGUGUUUCAGGUUUUUUGUUUUUUUUGUUUUUUUUUUAAUGUAGCAUAACAUUCCUAGUUAACCAGAGCUCUGGAAUUUGCCACCUGCUGGCCAGGUAUAUAAAUUUUUUAAAAAAUUUAGUCACCUUUAAAUUAAACAAACAACACAAAAGCACUUUUCCAAGUGCUAAUCUUAAUUUCACUUGCUAUAAGAACAGGCCGUGAUUCCUUCUUUUCCUCAUAAAUGUAGCUAAAUUUAAGGACAAGCAAACUGAACUGUCUGAUAAUUUUUCCAGCUGUGGAAAAAUCCGAAGCCUUUUUUAGAAAAGGGAAUACUAGAAAAGGGAUGUAAACUAUCUCAUAAAAUGCAUUUUUCAUCAUCUUUCAUUUAUGACUCUUUACAGAGAGGUCAGCAGCUACAUCAACUUAAGGCCCCAGAUGAUUCAGUUCUUUUAUUCCCAGCUCUUGGGCCCAAUUGUAAUCUUCUCUUUGAAAUAAGUAGUCACUAUGUGGUAAUACAUGGGGGUACCAAACUAAGAUGCUAUGUAGUAGGAACUACCACUAUUCUCUGUUUUAAAAAAAAAAAAAAAAAAAAAAAAAAAACAUGCAGUGAUCAUUAUAAAGCACUGACAGAGAGAUAUGUCCAGUUCAGUUUGUCUGUGGUUUAAGUUUAGCUUUGUAGUUUCCUAUGGUUUUUGGUUUGUUUUUUGUUUUUUUUUUAACUGAUAUGGAGUGCACUAGUAUAUGCCACCGAAUGUUCAAGAGGGUAGCUGUAAUACACCUCAUACCUCUGCUUUCAGUUUAUUUUUUGUAAUGCUUUGUAUAAGCAUUUACCUUGCUAGAUUCUAUUAAAAAAAAAAAAAGAGGGGGUUAAAACCCACUUGCUGUAUGUUAAUUUGUAAUUAUUGUAAAGUAAAGCAGUAAAAACUGUAAAGUCUUUUUCCCCUAGUGUGUCUUCUGGGGUUUUGCCACAGCACACUGACUUUGUAACAAGCUUUUAUUUAUCUUCCUUUCUAGUUAUCAGCUUAAAAACUGUUGUAAAGUUUCCCCUCUCCUACCCCAAAAAUAAAUAAAUAAAAAAUUUCUUUUGA